AAGCUCUAAUCCGCAAAUACGGAGAAUGCUGCAGAGUACCAGAAACUUAAGCGGAGAAUGGAUGAAGCCCAAGGAUCCAGGGAAGGACAUCCAAAGUCGACAAAUGACAUUAGUACAGUUGUGUACAGCGCCGAAGGAGAAGAUCUCACCAUAAACUGCGAAGUGGAGUGCAAGUCCUCUGGCCAGCGCGAUCAGUGCGGAAAGGGGGUGGAGUUCCUCUUCUCCUGCAUCGCUUUGCCCGUGGGUCUGGGCAAUGUAUGGCGCUUUUCCUUAAUUGCUCUCGUGAACGGGGGAGGAGCUUUUCUGAUACCAUAUGUGUAA